AUGAGCGAAGAAGCCGAGACAGAAGACGCAAAAAUGAGGAAGGGCGAAGAAGCCCAGUCAAAAAGGAAUGAAUCAAAGUUGGGACCAAAGGAGGUAUUCCCAGACGGCACUAAUUCGAAGGAUCCUAAGCACGAGUCAAAGUCGCCGCCAUCAAAAUCUAGCCCGAGUCAAGAGAGAGUAAUAGAGAAGCUUUAUGUGCCUAGUAUAACAGAACUCAACUUGAUUCGGAUGUCCAUGCAUCACUUGGAAAAAAUGAUGGUUAUGCCAUGUUUUGCAAGUCUAGCAAUAGGCUGUUUUGUUAGAAUUGGAAUUGGCCAAAACGGGAAUGAGAUUUAUGUAGCUGCACAAAUAUUGGAUGUUUGUGAAACAUCCAACGUGUACAUGGUAGGAAGUACAAGAACGAACAAGGCAUUCGAAGUACGAAUCGAAAAGGAAUAUAAGGUCUUCAGAUUUGAAUUCGUUUCUGAUGAAGAUAUCAAUGGUAGCGAAUACCACCAAUGGCUAAAAACGCAUAUAGAUACCAAAGACCCUUUUCCAACCAAAGAACUGGUAAAACAAAAACAAAGAGAUAUAAGGGGCGGUAUGACAUAUGAAUACAACCCCCAAGAAAUUGAAAGAGCUGUAAAUCAAGGAAAGGGAUAG